GCUGUUCCAGUUUCCUAGUGAUAUUGGCUGCAUUCGCCAUUCAGCAGAGAAAGCAGCUUUGGAACUGUUGUAAAAUUCUUCAAUAUGAUUGGUCUUGCUCUUAGUUCCUUAUUGGAUCUAAAUGUAUACUAUCUAACGGACCAAAAUUCGUGGAUAUAGUAAAAAAUACAACCAAAAAAUCAUGGAUAUUACCGACCGGAUCAUGAACAUUGGCUAUGUAGUUCAAUGUCCACAUUUUGUGGACGUGGACGCGCUUCAAAAUAAAUUAACGGCUAAAUCUCGGGCAUGGCCGUUUUAGGUUUUAGGUUUCUCUCUGGGAUGCAGGAUAGUACAGUAUUUCGUGUCUUCGUAACAAAUUUUUUAAUCUGAAUUGUUUUGACGUUUCGCGGGACAAAGUUUCGAAUUAAAAUGUGUGAAAUGAGUAUAUUUCCAUCAAGAUUCGCAGAGAAGCCUGUACUCUAAACAAUUAUCGAGAAUAGACUACAUACAAUAUUAACGCAUUUCGUGAAGCACGUAGAUAUUUCUUUCUUUAAAGAAAAAAAUGGAUAUUGCCAAUCCUACUCCUCAAGAUCUACAAGCAAAAUUAUACUUCCUGAUGGAACAGUUGCAACACAUGGCUGGAGAAUUACCGCCAAAAUAUCAGAUGCGAUUGCCCUACGAAUUAUUGUCCGGUUUAGCAAACUCACUGUUAAACGAUACUAUUUUUGAGAUAGUGAAAGGUUUGAUGGAGAUACAGCAUGUCACCGAGAAACAUCUCUUCCAACAGCGACUCCAGCUUUUGAAUCAACAGAAAAUUGAAUGUCAAGAAGCAUUAUCAGCAACAGUAGUAGAUGACAAAUUAAACUCAAUAAAAGCCACACUGUUCAAGAAACACAAGGAGGAGUUAAAGGAAAUGGAUAUGAAAUUGGUAUUGCAAUUAGAUCAAAAAGUAGCUGAUCAGCAAAGUAUAUUGGAAAAGGCUGGAGUACCAGGAUUCUAUGUGACGAACAAUCCAGUGGAGAUUCAAGUGCAAAUGAGGCUGUGCGACUUUAUAAUCAGACUCAGCAAGAUGGACAUACCAGCUUAA